UUAUGUUUUGCCUGCCAAAAACUUGAAAAAGAUUCCACAGAGUUUCAAAUUUUUUUUUCUUUGUCAAAAAUUUGGUACCUUUGCGAACAAUUAUUCACAAUUCCUCCAGCAGGGGCACGUGCCGGGCCCCAUCUUGCUAAAUGGCUGGAGGUUUGUUUUUCUGAGGAGGAAAAAGAGAAGGAUUUGCUAACGCGGUUUAAAUUGUUGACUUUGCGAGGCGCUAAAAGAGAAGCAUUAAAAUUACUGAACAAAGAACGAUUGACUUUUGAUGCUUCCCAACACGAAAUUAUUUGCGAACUUUUUAGUGAAAUGCCUGAAUGGUUUACUGAUUGGUCAAAAAGAGUUGAUUUUGCUCACUACGAAAAAUGGAAGGAGCGAUGCUAUUCUGAACUUUUACGAGCGGGCGAGCAGGAAAGUUAUUAUGUUUCGGUGUUGAAGAUUCUGAGCGGAGAUGAACUCGAAAUAAAAAGAAAUUCUCUCCAUUGGUAUUACAUGAUUGUUGGGGACUUAUGUUAUGUGGAUUGUACUGUAAAGUUCACCGAAUUGGAUCAAUUCGUCCCUCGCUGGCAGGCAGAUGCAUCCGAUUCGCUGAAUACUUUUGAUUUUCUUGUGACUGCUGCGCUAAAAAACGAGCCUUUUGAAGUUUUGAGAUUAUGCCAAGAGUAUGGGAACACGUGGUUUACUGCACAUUUAUUCGAUCUGAUUAUUACUAGUGGCCAUUCUUCCGUAGUUGCGGAGGGAAAAGCCCUUCGAGAAGAUUUACUAGUGGCUUAUGCUAACGUACUUCUCCGCGAUAAUAGUUAUGGCAUGUGGCAGAUUGGCGCCGAUUAUCUGAAAUAUUGCGGUGAAAAAGGAAAAGUGGAGUUUCGAAACCACGUGGACGCGCUGGCGCAAUCGCAUCAGCUCAAAGUCAGGAAAGUUUUGGAACUUUGCUUGUACUUUGGGCUCGUCGAGAAGUAUAAUGCCAUUUGUCUUUUCCACGGAAAUACCGCAUUAAAGAAUAAUCACUUUUGCUCUGCUUUGAGGUGGUUCUGGAAAGGCCACUGGCAAGACCAUGUCGUUAAAGUUAUUGAUCAACUUAUGGACGAAUCCGAUAAGAGCUUUGAAGCAGCCAAUCGCAUCCAUGGAAUGUUUGCUGUGUUGAGCGAAAAAGACUUUCGUUGUUUUCCUCGCUUAAAAAUUUUGGAGCAUUAUUGCGCCUUAAAUAUGAUUCUUUAUGAUGAAGCUUUUCGGGAUCAAGAAAAUCUGAAAAAGGCAGUUAUGCAUAUUUUGGUUAUAAUAAAAGCACGUGAAGGAAGGGCCAAAUAUGGCAAAGUUAUCUUAGAAAAACUUUGGGAACUUUUUGAAAUAUGCCGCCAACGAAACGCGUUAGUGUUUACUAUGGAGGACUGCUGCCAACUUUUGCAGGGACUCCAUGAACUUGAGUCGAACUGCGUGGACUUGCUCUAUCGGAAACAGCACGUGACUGAGUCCUCUGGGUCGGAUGUUCGCCUCUCCCAAAUCCGACGCAGGAUAAAUUGGGCACUCUCCUGUAUCUAUUGA